AGCGCGCACAUGGGGACGCACCGCAUCGUGCUCUCGGGCCCCGGGCCCUGGGGCUUCCGGCUGGUGGGCGGCCGCGACUUCGAGCAGCCCCUCGCCAUCUCCCGGGUGACUCCAGGCAGCAAAGCUGCAAUAGCCAACUUGUGUAUAGGAGACCAGAUCAUAGCCAUUGAUGGAGUGAGCACAGACAACAUGACACACCUUGAGGCACAGAACAAAAUCAAGAGUUGCGCAGAUGAGCUGACUCUGACAGUCAGCAGAACGGAGGCAAAAGUCUGGUCACCACUUGUAAGCGAGGAGGGAAAGACACAUCCUUAUAAGAUGAAUCUGGCCUCUGAGCCACAGCAGAGACCGAAGCAGUUUCCGUGUGCGUUCAGCAUGACAUACCAGCCCGCUGGUCUGAACAGCCGCCCAUCGCCAGUGGGUGCGAUGCAGGCUCCCGUGGCCUCUGUGUAUGACCCUCUGCAGAGCUCCGAGCUGCGGCGUGGGCACAGCACCUCCUCCAGCCCCAGCCAGGUCCGAGUGGGGCCCGAGCAGCUGAAGCAUGCAGCCCAGGUCUGCCCCAACAGCCCUGUGGAAGUGGAGGUGCCGGGACUCAAAGUGCUGCACGUGCAGUUCAAUUCUCCCCUGCAGCUCUAUUCGCAGAGCAACAUCAUGGACACCCUGCAGGGGCAGAUCUCUUCUGUUAGCCCUGAUUUCCCCAGUUUAGAUCAGCAUAACCAGACCCCAGGCAACAUUGCCAUAGACAAACAAUCUGAGGUUUACAAGAUGCUGCAGGAGAAUCAAGAGUCAAAUGAGCCACCCAGACAAUCUGCUUCAUUUCUUGUGUUGCAAGAGAUCUUGGAGUCAGAGGAGAAAGGAGACCCUACCAAACCAUCUGGAUUUAGGAGCGUCAAAGCCCCCACCACAAAGGUGGCCUCGUCGAUUGGGAAUGCCCAGAAGCUGCCCAUGUGCGAGAAGUGUGGAACUGGCAUUGUAGGGAUGUUUGUGAAGAUCCGGGACAAGCAGCGUCACCCCGAGUGCUACGUGUGCAGCGACUGUGGCACCAAUCUCAAGCAGAAGGGACACUUCUUUGUGGAGGAUAAAAUCUACUGCGAGAAGCACGCGCGGGAACGGGUGAUUCCCCCGGAGGGCUACGAGGUGGUCACCGUUUUCCCCAAGUAAACAGCUGCUCACAAAGCCAGUGUGGAUGAUUUAUCCUCUGCUGACUUUCCUUGGAGAGCAUUAUCCCUACCCCCUGCAGAAUCUCGUUUGCAAUAAGGAAUGCUAGGCAUGGCUUUGAAUUUCCUUGUCAUUAUUAAUCCUCCAUUUGUUCACAUGAGAUGUCACUAAUUGUUCAACAUUCUUUUCAUCCUCUCUUUCACUCUUUUUUCCUUUAAUACACAGGAAUUUUUUUUCCUUCAUUGCACUGUCAAUCACACAGGAAAAUCAGAGGCCAAAGUCAGAUUACAACUUUUCUGUGUUCUAGUUAUUUGCCGUCUGUUUGCCUUCAAUAAAAGGGGUGCAUCCACAAAGCAGAAGUGUCUGCUUUCUGCUGUUGUCCUUGUUUGCUGGAUUGUGGUUCCCUGAGCAGCAGAAGAGAUGACCAGUGCAUGGCUGUGUUUAUCCUGGAGAACAGUGUGAGGGAUUUACCAAGUUGAGUCAUACUGGUUUUGGUGCCAGCUGAGCUGUGAGCAGCUGUCUGCUGGCACCCAGCAAGGGGCAGGUGGGCAUAGCCAAGCCUCAGAGCAGACUGGUGGCCUGUACCCACUGCAAGGAGCCAAGAGCUGCUUCCUCUGUGGCCAGCACUGCUUCAUGGUGAUGGGGCUGGGCACAUCAGUGUUUCCUGCUACUGCAUCACCACAGAUGCCCCUUUGUUCCCCACAGUCCCAAACUGAGCUUUGUGAGAAAAAUGAUCACAUGAUGCUUGCUGGAAACCAAGGAAUCUGAGAGGGAAGAGGGGGUUUGAGUGGCCACAGUCCCGCUUCUGGCUCCCUCUGGGGGGAAGUACGUGUGGCUGCCCAAGGCAUCACCUCGCUCCUGGUGCUGCUGCAGGGCAGAGCUGCUGGAGGGUGCCUUGGGGGGUGAUGUGGGGAGGGGGCACAUGCCCAUCGUGCCCUGGGCAAAAGGCUGAUGGUGCCUGAGGAGCAGAACCUCGACCUGUGUAGAGUACAGAGGAGCCCUGCAGUGGUUAUUUCUCUCACCUCUAAAUGAGAUGUUGGCUGUUCUUAAUCAUGUAAAAAUAAAUGGUUUCUAAGA